UCCUCAACUCACAAACUAGCUAUAAAGCAUCGGGGAAGAAGAAAAAGAGAGACCGGACUUGAGGCAUCUUUUGAGAGAGAGAGAGAGCGUGUCGGUGUUUGCAAGGACUAUUUGGUGUCUAGGGUUGGUUUUUGAGGCAGGAAGGUUUCCAGAUCUAUACUUGCAGAUGCACUGCGGAUUAGUCGAAGAAGGCGGUGGGCACUGCUCACACCCAAUAGAGAUCUUUCUGUUCAGUUCAGCACCUCUUCGUUCUUCACUACUUUCGAUUUGACUUGGAUACAUUGAAAAACGGGGAAGAUAUCUCUCAGCCUUCAGUUUCAGCUGUGGAGGUCUUCGUGGUAUUGAAGAAGAAGCUGCAAAUUCCCACAACAUCGACAUCAAAGAGCUCCGACCGACCAUCAAUCUGGGCACCUGACCAUCAAAAUCACAAUGACAACGAGGGAAAUGCAUCUAUGGGAGGAGCAAUCACCACUGAUUCCCCCAUCGACUUUGUUUCCUCCCUUUCCAAAAGCUGUUUCUGUUAUUAUUAAUCCUCACUCGAAUAACCAUCCAUCUUCUCCCGAUGAUCAUACACAAGGUCUCUGUGUCUGUACCCCCAAAUACAGCGUCUUUGAUCCUUUUGCUCCUGGACCUAAUAAUACCUUUUUGCUUGCUCCGCAUCCUACCGAGUACAUACAAGAGUCAGGGGACAAUGUUGUGAGGAGGCGGCGGCGGCGGCUUACCUUUGGUGAUUCUACUUGUGGCUGCGUCCCUCACACCAACACUGUAACAGCCAUAACUGAAGAAGAAGAAGAAGAGACUUUAUUUCAAACUGUCUAUGAAAGCCUCUUGGAAGCGAUCAUUUCCACGCAGACCAAGGGGAUUCCUUCUCCCGGAAGAAGUCUUUCUCAAACUUCGGUUGUUGUUGAUGGAUUUGGGACGCCUCGUUCUGCAACUAGCCUUAGUGGAGUUGCCGAAACUUGUCCCCGAGCACCAGUAAAGCCCUCUAGGGAAAUUACACGUAUUCAUACAGGUUUAUGCAGAAAGCUUGAAUUCUGACUAUUCCUUGUGCAAAGCCAAUCAGUACUGAGGACGCCUGUCGCCUACAACUCUCGACAAUGCCAUCUUUGACUCAUUCUUGUUCUGAUUAAAUAGGCAAUAAUAAUAAUCAUAUGCUAGCAGAUGCCAGCUGGUAUUACAUUCAUUGACAUUUUGAUUU